AUGUCUAUGAGUGAUUUCUUGGUACGACAUAUUUUGGGCCUUAGGCCAUCGCCAGAAGGACAUUCAGAUACCACAAAUGAGCGGAAUGGAUCAACAAUAAUGGUGCCAAAGGUACCAACGGGAUUACAGGAUCUUCAAUUUAUCACCACUGGUCUUACAAGUCCAAUGAUCGAUUAUGCGACAACGUUGCAACUAAUGCAAUUGCAAAUGUUUUGCCAACCAAGCCUAUUAAAUACAUUUUUAAAUCAAAUGGCUGCAAUGGGAAUAGCUAUGAAUAAUAGCUUAAACAAGGUAACAUCACCAGUUGAAACACCAACUGAUAGUUGUACGAUACAUCCAAUACGUGAACGGAAACGUCUUGCAUCACGUUGUUCUGAUGAUUUAUCAUCGAAACGAUCUAAGGUAACACGACGAUUAGCAAUUGAUUCCGAAACAAGUUCACCUGUUUCAGGAAUGUUUAUAAAGGAGGCAUCAUCUUUACCGCCACCUGAUGAAUUACAAGCUGCAGCAGAUUUGGAUGAGACCGCUGUUUUUGUAAAUGUUUCAGAGGAAAGUCGACGUAACAUUGAACAAAUUACAAAUGUCAUUGGUGAUUGCAUAUGUGCCUUGUGCAAAGUUCGAUAUGAUGAUGUAUUUCGGCUAGCACAACAUCGUUGUCCACGUAUUAUUCAUGAAGAAUAUCGUUGUCCGGAAUGUGACAAGGUAUUUAGCUGUCCGGCAAAUUUAGCAUCACAUCGUCGUUGGCAUAAACCACGCGGGAAUGAUCAGGUAGCUGCUGCGGCAUCAUCAUCUUCCGGUUCUGCUUCCUUGAGUAAUUUUAUAUGUACGAUCUGUUCCGCAAAAUUUGAUACCAAAAAAGCCUUCAGAUUACAUUCCGCACACUGCUCAGCCAUUCUUUCCGAUAAUUCUAGUCAUACUCAAAAUCAUCUCUUAAACUUAUUGCACCAUACUAUCCCUUCAAAUUUAAAAUCUAAAAUAGAAAAUUAA